ACUCCCAAGUGGCCCGUUUGUCCGCCUUGGCCACUCACACAAACCGCUCGUCCGCUCGCAAGAAGUGCAAGAAGUCAUUGAAGCCGCUACAGCCUCUGUGAAGUCGCAGCACCAAGCAAAUAGUAUCCGAAAUCAACCGAUGCGCGGGCCUCAUGAACGUUUUUGACGUGGGCGGGCUGUGUGUCGACCUUCAACAUAUGUAGGAUCUUAUGGUUGUGACAGCAGAGGGGCAUGGGUUCGUUCCACCCGUUCCAACAUGGUUCCAGUGGUUGUGGUUCCCGUUUGUCGUCGUACUUCACAGACUUUACUCUGAAUCAACCUCUGAAUUUAAGUCACAACGCCUCUGUUUCCCGAUCUCCCGUGCUCCCGUCAUGAUCUCGUGAGCUGUUGACGACCUGACACCGCGGACACAAUCGGCUUGUUGGCGAAGAGCAGCGACGUCAAUGGAUUCUGAUCUCAUCGAGCACGGCGAUGGAGGUGCAUACUCCAAGGAGAUUGGCUACCUUCCGGAAACCACGACAGACAUUCUCUUCAAAUGCUGUUUCUGCACCUGUGUCACUGGAGAUCAGCAUGGGAUCGUCCAUCACCUGGUUUUCCACAGUGAUGAACAACAAGCCAAGUACCAGCCGUGCCCAGAAUCCAUUUCGAUGGUGGAAGACUUGGGAGACCAGACUGAGAUUCACAAGCCAGAAAGAACUUUCGAGUCUCACCUGUGUCCAACGACAUUCCAGAAAAAUACUCAACUGGUCGAUCACAUUCGAAUGCAUGAGGGUGAAAGCCCUUUUAAACAUAAGCAGUGGUCCCAAGCCUUUGCUUGGAAUAAGCCGUUUAAGUGUACUAUCUGUCCGGAGGCUUUCUUGCGAAGCUUAGAGUGUGUAGUUCACAUUCAAACACACACGGGUGAGAGAUCUUACAAUUGUGAGCAAUCUGUCCAAGCCUUCAGUCAGGGCGAGAAUUUGACGAAGCACAUUGGAACGCACUCGGAUAAGAGAUCUUUCCAAUGCGUGCUAUGUCCCAAAGUCUAUGGCACACGUGACAAUCUGAAACGCCACAUGCGGACACACACUGGAGAGAGACCUUACAAAUGCACAUCUUGUUCCAUGGCAUUCACUCAGGUCUUCCUUCUUAACCGCCACAUGCGAACGCACACAGGCGAGAGACCACACAGAUGUGAGGUAUGUUCCAGAGCCUUUGCUGCGCGUGGGAAUUUGAUAGAGCACAUGCGAAGGCACGCAGGUGAGAAAUGUUUCAAAUGCGAGCAAUGUUCUCUGGCCUUUUGCUCACGCGGUAACCUGGCGCGGCACAUACAAAGGCACGCAGGGGAUAGUUCUUUCAGAUGCGAGCAGUGUUCCAAGGUCUUUGUUACGCGUGGGAACCUGACACAGCACAUGCGAAGGCACGCAGGGGAGAGGCCUUUCAGAUGCGAGCAAUGUCCCAAAGCCUUUAGUGUGCGCAGUAACCUGACCCGCCACAUGCGGACACACACGGGAGAAAGACCUUACAAAUGCACGUCUUGUCCCAUGGCAUUCACCCAGCUCUUCCGUCUUAACCGCCACAUGCAAACGCACACGGGCGAGAGACCACACAGAUGUGAGGAAUGUUCCAAAGCCUUUGCUGCGCGCGGGACUUUGGUGGAACACAUGCGAUGGCACACGGGCGACAGAUCUUUCGAGUGCGAGCAAUGCCUCAAGACCUUUAGUUCGCGUGGGAACCUGACACAGCACAUGCGAAGGCACGCGGGGGAGAAACCUUUCGAGUGCGAGCAAUGUCCUAAGGUCUUUGCUUCGCGUGGGAACCUGACGCAGCACAUGGGAACGCACGAAAGGACGUAGAAUGGUAUGACUCGUGCCUAGAUAGGGUCCCGCGUUUUAAGAGUUUAUUUUUGUAGCGCAGAUUCGGUAAUUUUUAGAAAGAAAAUUGGGGCUUAUCUCGAAGAAAACGGGAUUGCUCGUUCUUAGAAAUCGUCCCGGUAUCGAAAAGAGAAGGAAACGAUAACCCUAAGGGGAUGUGGUUUUCAAAAAAGUUUCGCAGACAGUUCAGUGGAGGCUCUGUCCUUGGUUAACGCAAAAUAAAACUUGAUAAAGAUUUUCUUCCCGUGAA